AAGAGAAUAUGAACAGAGAAGGUAAAAAGUUGCAGAGCAGCUUGGAGUGUGGACACUCUUAUGGCGAAUCCACCUAGGAACCGAAAGAGGGUCCGAGCAGUCCGCCGUGCUCCUGAUGGAAGCGCCUAUCGGAAGUGCAACAGUUGUGGGGUUUCGGUGGCAAUCGCUUUGGCCGACCUACACGAGUGUGAAACCAAGAAGGUGGUGGUGCAGAGGUUCAGAGGAGUAUCAGAAAGGCAAAACGUUGUGAAACCGACCUUUGGGGACCAACCUAGAUCGCCCUUUCGAGUUUUCAUGGAGAGCUUUGUAAAGACCUGCAAGACUAUAAAUGUGAUUAGCAUUGAUCAAAACGGGCUUGACACUUGGAAGAACAUGUCCAAGGAGGAGAGGAAACCAUACAUCAUCGAAGCUGAAAGGGUAAACCAUUCUUAUGGGAAAGCUUUGCUUGAAGAAGUUGAUAAUUUGCAAGAGGUCAAUGAUGAGGCAGAUUCGGCAAUGGUGGGGAAGUUUGAUCAGUUCUAUGAAGGCUAUGAAGACUACGAGAACUCUUAUAGCUUUGACAGUUUUCAGUUUGUAGAAACUGAGUGAUCUGGCACUUAUGGUGUGCCUCACUGAUUCCCAAGGAAAUGGUGCAAGCAUCUAUUGUCGAGAAAUCUGGCUGAAGUUUGUACUAGUGAUGGUCCCUUUUCUUGAGAAAUCUGGGGCAAGGGGGCCAAUCAAUUGGUAAUGUUAGAAAUCUAAAUUCUGCCAGAAUUUUUGCCACUGCUUUUGUUUCUCAAGGCAAGUCAUUUGGCUAUUGUAUAGUACAAUAGGGGUUUUGUAUGCAUAUGCAUGUAUGUAUGUAUUUUCAGUUAUCGGGUAUUUUGAUCUAAUUGUUUGAGAUGGUGAGGGAAUUUGAUACUUUUAAGGAGUCGUUUCGUCAAUGUUUCUGUUGUGCAUAGUGUUGUUGGCUUAGA